AACAACUUAACAAAUUGUUGAUUUCAAAUUGUAACAGUUGUUUUGCAAAGUAUGCUGCCCUCUUGUAUUUUCUGUGUUAUCUUCAUCAUACAAUUACUUCAUCUAAAAACUUUCUGCGAUAUAUUCGCAACAACAAAAACAAACAAAACAAAAAAAAAUAAAACAAAAGUUUAACCACCUUCACACCACAGAAUCAAGCAAUCAAGUUACACAAAUUUUCAAACACCUCACCUGACACAGCGUCUCAAGUACGAUUGCGCGAAUUGGUAAAUAUAACUCUGCACGACCACGCAACUCGAAACACAAGUACGCAAACACGGUUGCGUGAAGCGUGGCUCGCAAUCGUGAAAUUUACGAGACUUGCUCGACCUGUAGAUUCUUGUUUGUAAUUAUAUUAGUCCUGGUUCCUGGAUAAUUGUCAAGACCAUAGCCCAAAAAAAUUAUAAGAAGAAAAAGUAAGAUUUAGGUUAUGUUAUUAAAAGGUAAACAUAACCAGAAAUCUGGUUAUGUUUAUGAUUGUCAACAAUACAAAAUUGUGCCAGUGAAUCAUGUGUUUAAUUAAGUUAUAGUAUUUAUUCUAUAUUAAAUUACGUAGAAUAUAAUCUCUCUGUGUUGCUUUACACAUUAACUAUGUAUAAAAAUGUUACAAAGGAUGAUUGGUCCAAGGAGAAUACAGAGAAUCGUUUUGGCAACCUUUAUAUUUUCCGUUCUACAUAUAUUUGGAGUUUUUCAUCAUAUUUUUGAGACUGAUUUUUAUACAAACUUUCAUUAUCCCUACGAUGGGGAUAUAGAACAUUUAAUACAGCAAUUGAAGGAUGGCAAGCCACCUGAUGUUUUACCUAUUAAUUCCUAUCACUUUGAAUAUAACAAGAAAUGUGUUUCAAAAUGUUCCAGUAUGAAACAGUUAAGAUUGGUUUAUAUAAUAAAGAGUGCUCCAGAGCAUUUUGAUCGCAGAAUUGGAAUACGCAAUUCAUGGGGGUAUGAAAGGCGAUUUUCUGAUGCAGAAAUAAGAACUGUCUUUUUGGUUGGAGAACGAAAUUCACAUGCUUUAAAAGAGUCAUUAAAAGAAGAAUACUCAAAGUUUCAUGAUAUUGUCCAUGCCAAUUUUACAGAUAGUUACUACAACAAUACUUACAAAACUAUGAUGGGCUUGCAGUGGGCUGUCAGGUAUUGUCCAAAUUCACAAUAUUAUAUGUUUGUUGAUGAUGAUUACUACGUGUCCACAAAAAAUGUUUUAAGGUAUUUGAAACAUCCCACAAAGUAUCCAGAAUAUGUAAAGAAUCCUCUUAGUGGAGUUAGUCAACUUUUAAAUAGAAAAAAUCUUGUUUAUAAUGAUUUAGAUGAGGAUGAAAGAUUAUAUUCAGGUUAUGUAUUUCAAUCACCACCCCAUAGACACCUCACUAGUAAGUGGUAUGUAUCACUUUCUGAGUAUCCUUAUCAUAUGUGGCCUCCUUAUGUAACAGCUGGAGCUUAUAUAUUGUCAAAAAGUGCCUUAAUAGACAUGUACUAUUCAAGCUUUUAUGUAAAACACUUCAGAUUUGAUGAUAUAUAUUUAGGUCUUGUAGCAUAUAAGGCAAAAAUUAAUCCUCUACAUUGUGAUCAGUUUUAUUUUUAUAAGAAGUUUUACUCUAAAUUUGGUUUUAAUUUCACUGUUGCAACUCAUGGAUAUGGAGACCCUAAGGAAUUAGUACAUAUGUGGAAUGAGCAAAGAAGCUUGGGCUUUGCUUAGGAGAUGCUCACCUUUAAAUUCAAAUUUGUGGAAUAUUCUAAUAUAAUUCAGGCAUUUUCCACAUAAAAAUAAAAUUUUAUAUCUUACAUAAAAUAUAAAUGAGCUCUUCA